CAUUUUGAUAACAUAUAGUUAGAAUUGUGUGUUUGGCCUUGAUGAGAAAUGGCCACAAUAAUAAUGAAGCUGACCUCAUAAUCUCCCACAACAUUCCACUGAAACAGUUUUGUUGCGUCCAUCCCAAUCCCAAGUCUAUAACUAUUAUAUGCCAAGCAGUUAGCUUUUUCGAUCUACAGGCUUCCUGCUUCGUCUUCUCCUUCUGUCAACCGGGUAGCAGCACCACCGUCGUGCAAUCACAUUUGUUGGAAUCGACCGACAAAAUUGGAUCAGGUUUGUAGAUGCUAUUUUUCCACCUGGGAAUGUUCCUGAUCGGAAACCAUCUGAUGUUAUCCCAUCGUCACCAACUAUAAUUUUAGAGAAAAGAUUCAUUUUCCUCAUUGAAAGGAUAUUGUGGCAAGUUGUCUCAUCAGCAUUGAUAAACUUGAAGUCAAGUACUUUUCAUCAUCAUCGCGUUUGAAUGCUGCUUCAAAAGUCUCUGGCACAACCUCAUGCUCGGCCAUGGCUUCGAAAUCUACUCGAGCACUCGACCCCUGCCGAUUGCAAAUCUCAGCUACAUUCUGUAGGGGAUUUCAAAUGCAGCGGCUACCACAGUUUAAAGGCAGACUUGACGGCCCUUUCAUCAGAUCGUCGGCUGGAUCUUGUGAACAAGCCGACCUGUGGAAAGCAUCGCUGCGAAACGACAACAAUUUGGAUGGCAGCGAUAGAUCAGAAUGGAAACCUAGUCGUUCAAACAAGGCUCCUGAUGUUUGUCCCGGAUCUAUCAAUGCUGGAUUGACAACGAAACUCAGCAACUCCAAUUAUAAUGAGCAACAGCCCUGCUCUGCACGCUCCGUGACAUCAGGUGAGAGCCGACCCCCCAUUACCACAUGGCAUCAGUGCGGGAUUUGUUCUAGUCCUCGUAAGGCUUCCAUGAACAGGUCAGAUUCAGCGCCAAGGAAGUCAUGGUUCAAGGAUGGAUACAUUAAUGGAAGAUGCAACACAGACAAUCAGAAGACAAAUGGCAGCAUAUCAACUCCAACGACAAGGGAGUUUCAAGCAUUGUCCAAAGCAGGAGGGAUCAAAGCAAAUAAUCAAUGCCCAAAAAAAGUGAUGCGAAGAAAUCCAAUCGCUGGAAAAUAUGAUCCUCAGGAUAUCCCUGGAGCUUAUCGCUCAAGGAGGGCUUUGAUCCGUCCACCAGGAUUCUACCUUCGCCCACACGAUUGCCAUUCGUCACAGGGAGAAAAGAGAGCACUAGUGACAGAGAACAGAGCUCAAUACACAAAUUGCAAGCCUUGGAUUUCACGGGACAUAUACUCAUCUGCAGUUCAGGCACGUGAAGAUAAUAAAUUACAUUGUAAAAGUGUGCAUCCAUCCGUCAAUCACUAUAUUUACGAAGACAAAUACGCUGUUGUGCGGUGAACAACUCAUAGAACAUCAACCGUGCACUGUGUACAACUUCCAACUGUGUGAGGAUGAAUCAUCAACGCUGGUCUGAUCAUAGAAUCGAAGUUGAGUGUGCUGCAAGUCUACCUUCUAGACCUGGCUCACCGAUUCAUUAUUCAAUUAAACUCACAUACUCACAUGCUUAAGUUGUAUAAUAAUUUAUCUCAACAACAAGUCAUUUACUCUGGUGGCAAGUUGAUGCAAACAAAUUUCCACGAAACAUUAUUAGAUGCUACAUGUCCGAGUUCAAUGCAGAUCAUCAUGUCCUCGGAUCUCUCAUGCUAAAGUUGCUUAAUCAAAAAGAGAAAGCGAUUAAGUUUUAGUAAUAAUCUUAUUAGAAUGAUAUUGAACAGCCAAACAUUAUCAUCCUCAUUUUGAAGAGA